GAUUUUUGCACAAAAGAGGGAAACUCCUUUUGAGGAACUGCGAGCCGAAUAAAAUGGGCACACGGAAAAAAGGCGAAUAAAUGAGCAUACGGCCGUGGGAUCGUACGGAUAGGCAGAAGGCACAGCUACACGUUUGCUCAUGAAAAGCAGCUACACGUUUGCUCAUGAAAAGCAGCUACACGUUUGCUCAUGAAAAGCAGCUACACGUUUGCUCAUGAAAAGCAGCUACACGUUUGCUCAUGCGAGAAGGCAACUUUGCGGGCAAUUAUCCAUGCCAUCAAAGUGGAAGAUUAAAAGCAAGCGGGGGAGCGAACCGAUGAGAUGCACAUUUAAAAUGAGAAGGAAAAAAGGAACUCCACGUUUUCUUCUCAUCUCCUCAACUGUUUAGCUAUUAAACGUUUUAGCUUUUACUCCCUUAUCCUACCUUCUACACCUUCUUCUUUUUUUUUUUUCCUGUGAUGUGGAACAACGGUAGAGUAUUACUGCUGAACAGAAGAUACAUAAUUUUUCGAAAAUUUACGAGCCAAGUGAAAGUGUAUGACAGCUUGAAAGUCAUCGAAAGCAAAAGUUUGUAUGAAGACAAAAAUACGAAAAUUAGCAUUCGCGAGUCGUCGAAAUAUACCAUCCCGAUACCACAGUGCGACCGCUCCCUAAUCAGCUCCGUCAUUUAUAGGGUUUUCCUAAAGCAUACCGAAUAUGGGGAAUGUGCAUGGAGACUAAUUCACCUAAUCAUGGAAAGGCUGGAAAAUGAAGAAAUACUGAAGCUGUUUCGGAUUGAGGAGUCCUUCAACAUGAAGAUGUAUUUUUACAUUUUACAUUUAUGGCUAUUUAACAAGAGAUUAAGACAUGAGCAGUACCAGGGCGAGAUAAUCAACACGUACAUUUUUGACAUCACGUGGCGAAUUGUGCGUGACUGGAUGCUUUUGAAGGAUGUCCCCGAGUACUGCUUCAACACGGAGCUUUUGAAUUGCCAGGAGUACGCCUUCGGGUUCCUGGUGUCCCUAGACGAGGCCGCCACCAGCGUGGACAUUUUCCCGUCCCUCCUGAAGGACAUCUUGUGGGAGCAUCUUUAUGAAAAAAAAGUAAAGAAAAGCGGAAACAUAGUCACCGAGUUGAGCAAAUAUAGCGUUCUCCAAAUGAGGCACAUUUUUAAUCUAUCAAGCGAUCAUUUUCUGCAGGCAUACUUUAUCUGGGCCGAUUUUUACAACCAAAAAAAAUCCAAUCGCCGUUUGCCCGCCCUGUGCCAGCAGAUAUCCUAUGGAGGCUACCGUCCAAAGGACAAAAAUAAAUACCUCCCCUAUGAUGAUGGAAAAAAGCUAUUACCAAGAACUUACUAG